AUGCGACCCGCUCUGCGUCUUCCCCUGAGGGAAGCUUUGUAUGUCUGCUCUGGCUGUAGACAGGAAGCUAUUCCACGGGCGAUUUCCCCUCUGACUCGAGAUUUCCGACGCUACGCUUCCUCCGAUUCCCCGAGUCUCCUUGAGCGCACCCGCAGCAAGCUCUGGAAGACAGAGAAGCCACCUGGACCCGCCGAUCCUUACAGUGGACAGUCACAACUACUACGUGGAGCGGAGCCUGAGAAUGAGGAGGGUCUCGCGAGCGGCGAAACAGAAGAGGCUGAGUUGAGCGCGGCGGAUGAUUAUAAGCAAGCGAAGACCUGGGAUGGGCUCGAGUCUAUCGGUUUCUUGCAAAAGGAUCAAUGGCUUCAAGAGGGAACAAGUAAGGCCGACAAAUAUGUGCGAUACGGCGCCGAAGUGAGGACCCGAUCUGUUCCGUAUGCUCUUCAUCAAACAACCGUGGAGUUAUGCUUAAUGAGCAUGUUGGGCAAGCCUCUGACUAGCGUGUGCGAUGUUCCGCGUCAUAACCCCCAAAUUUUGAGCAUGCUGGACUCGUGCUACGUGGAUGCGUCGAGCCCCAAGCAAUGGAAUACUGCUCUCCGGUUCCCGAACCAGCAAACCAUGGAGGCGCUUAUGUUUGUGUUCAACCAGAUUGGCGGAGAAUCAACAGCCAAGGUUGAGCCAUCCGACAAGUUGAUCACCGAGAAGUCAAGCAAGGCGGAUUCCCACCGCGAGCUCUCACUUCUUGACCCUAGUGUCAAGUUUGCCUUCGUCAAGCGACUGUCUCAGCUCCUCGGCCGCCGAAUUCCCGACAAGGCCAUCACCUCCUCUUGGACCGUCGGCGAGAUUCUAUCCGGCAUGGCCAUCCAGUUGAAGGAGAAGCCUGUCCAGGUCAAGAAGGUCCUCAAGAAAAAAGCCGCCGCCGGGCAGCUACCACCCAACCUGAACUUUAGCCCCAAGCGCUUGAGCAAGCACCACGUAGACGAGGAGUUUGGUCGGAAAAAGGCCAUUAUUUCCGAGUUCUAUCGUCGGGGCUAUGUUCAAAAUUGA